UCCAAGCCUCCAAUGAUAAAUUGGACAUUGGAGGGUAAGAAGGUGGGUUCGGUGCGGACUACAAUGAUUUUGAAGAAAUCGGAAGCCGCAAUCCACAUCUUACCGGAGCAAGAUGUGGCGAGGUAUGUUCACGAGGAGAUAAAGCCCAGUCCUACAACAGUGAAGGCUAAAGUUGAGGAGGAAGUUAGGGGUAAAAAAUCAUUGGGGAAGAAAAGAGUCCAAAAAGAGGACGAAGCUUAUGAAAAAUUGGUGAUGUUGAAUGAAGCCUAUGAGCAAGCACUUGUUGCUCGCGGCGUUGAUAUUUUGGCUAUUAAAGCCGAAACUGAGAAAAAAUUUGCUGAGGAGAAACGUAUAAGGCAAAACAAAGGAGAGCCACAAAUAGAUGAGGCAUUGAGUGAAGGUGAUCAAACCCGAGAGAUGGACAUUGAACUGGAGGAGCUUAUUUGUGAUAGUUCCCUUUGGUAUGUGACAAUUGUCUGCCUAUUGUGA